AUGGCUCCGAGCUUCACAUCACGUCCACGCUCGUCGCGCGGCGAAUCACGCCCUGACAGUCGAGCUGACGAAGACCUUGUUAUCCCCGAUCGCACCUCGUCGCUCCAUUCACGCAUCACACAGCCUCUGGCAUCGCAACUAACCCAGCCGCGUGCUGGUCAGCGUACUCCCAAGACUCUCACCCAUGCCUACAUGGUAUGUGGUGUCGGCCGUGAGCCCUCGCAAUGGGUCAAGGCUCCUCCACCUCCACAGGGAAAGAUUGGACACAUGAAGGGUGCCGUCGGGCAAUUCUGGCUUCCUGAGAUUCUGGGAAGCAGCCCGAGAUUGGAACAAGACAACGACAUUGCUCGCGCCCUUCAUGCUGCCAUGAGGCCUCACUGUGUCCACCAUGCAUUCGUUCUCCAGCAAGACUCCUCUCACACCCUCUACGGUAUUGCCCUUCGCGUAUGGUCUCGUGCAGAUGAGAAGCGCGCCGAGACGAUCCGCGAGUUGAGGAAGCGUACCGAGUCCGAUUACUACGACACUCCUGGCGAGACCUACUGGAUCCCUUACUGCCUCAGUUUCCUUUCUAGAUACCCUCUUUACAACCUUCUUGGCGACUACCUCCGUGGCAUGUGGAUCCACUGGAACAAAGCCACCAACCUCUUCCACGCCGAGGAAGUGUCUCGCAUUCUUAGUUUCCCCGCUCCCAGACUCAACGACCUUGUCCGUAUUGACAUGAAGGACUACGCUCUAUGUUAUCAGUUCCCCUCCUCUCCUACCGGUUUCCAGAACUUUGCCAUGUGGCCUCUGUUUUCUUGUUUGUCUAUUCCCAACAUCGUCGGUGUCGUCGAAGCCGCCAUCUCGCCCACUAGAAGGAUUAUCUUCGUCAGUCACUACCCAGCUAUGCUGACAAUGGCUGCCGAGACCAUUCGCUAUCUGGUUCGUGUCUACGAAUGGAGUGGCCUGUAUGUUCCUAUCGUACACGCUCGUCACGCAAAGGAUCUUGUUCAGGAACCUGGUCCGUAUAUCAUUGGUGUCACUGCCGAGUGCCGUACUCUCUUCACUGCGCCCAAUGAUGCCCUCGUCGUUGAUCUCGAUCGUAACUUUGUCUUGACCUCGAGCCCUCCGGAUGUCUUGACAGGAGGUCAAAGAACGAAAAUGGUCAACCGUCUUACUCAGGCUCUGAAUGGUGAUGUCGCUCCUUCUGGUGUUCCUCAACAUCUCCGCUCGGCUUACGGUGGCGGUAAACUGAUCCCUGCCGGUCAAAUUAUUGUCAUGCGCGGCGAGGUCGAGAGCGUACAAGAUCCUGGAUGGUGGAACCAGGACGCAGUCAUGUCUGUCAUGGAUCAUGUCUGUGAGAAAUUGGGACGCAACACUGGCCUGAAAGCUGUCUUUGGCGGUGCUCAGAAGAAGCCUCUAAUGACCAAGGUAUCGAUGCGUCAUCUCAACGAAAUCAUCCGUGAACGCAACCAAUACUCUCGCGACGCAAACGAGGCAUGGCAAGAUUUCAUCAACCUCAAGUGCCGCAUGGAUACCGAAGUUGUCAAGGUUAACAAGCGUAAUAAUAUUCUGGAUGCUGAGCUCGACUCCUGGAAGCAGCAAUUCCUCAAGUUCCAGGCUUUCGCCGAGACACUCACCAAGGAGACACAAGAACUCAAGGUCAAGAUUGAGAGUCACAAGCGUGAGAACAGAAGAAUUGCUCAAAUCGCAGAUCAGGCGAAGGAGGAGAUUGCUCGUCUUACACCCAGGCUCAGCGGUACCGAAAAGCAAAGAGAUGAUGCUUUGGAGGCUCUUGUCUUGCAGCAAGAGAUUGCUGAGGAACUGGAACGCGAACGCAAGCGUAACAAGCAAGAAAUCGCGUCUCUGCAACAGACCAACUCUGCCGUACUCCGUCAACGAGACGAGGCACAGCGUGUUGUCCUUCAUUUGCGUGCUCUGAUUGAUGGUCAGGCUCACCACAUGGAGCACAUUGUGCGAACCAUCGAGUUGCCUGAUGAAGUUGAUGAGGCUGCAGGAACUGCUCUUCCGGCAUCGCCUGCUCCCGGUUCCCUCACCGGAGAUCUGUCUAGCGCUCAGACUUCGCGUGCCUCAUCACGCAGCAGCAUGCGUAUGUCAGCUCGUGGCGAGGAUGCAGCAGCCGAGGCACUCCGUCGCAACGCUGAUGCCCGUCGCCGUCUAAGCGGUCUCAGCAUGACUGAUGUAGCAGACCGACAACUUCGCGACAAGACUGAUGCUAUCGCCUACAUCAUCCGUAACAUCAGCGAGCAGUGUGCUGCUGCCGUCGAAGGUCUCAACAUGGCUCAUCGUGCCGAGUCUGUUGCCGGCGACCGCCACGGCAAUGAUGACGAAGCCAGUCUUGCAUCUUCUGAGCAUGGCGGCAACCUCAAGCGUCGCAGCAAGGGUCGCAUUUUGACACGCGCCUCGCUCAGUGACGCCGCAUCCGAGUACGACGACAGAUCUGAAGCCUCCGCUUCGUCAAACUACAGCCUUCACGAUGCACGCAGCCACACGGUUCGCAGCAGCGUUCCACCCACGCCCGAUCUCAUACACAGUCACAGUCUGAACACGUUGAAUCGCAGCAGCACAUCCAUGAGCAUGAUCUCUUCGUCCACAGUCGCCACACCGGACAGAGGAAGCAUGCAGAGCCACUGGCGCAGAACCCUCUCCGAGGAGAUCCCAGAACUUCCUGCCAAGAUCGUGAGAGCAGAGUCUGGCGACUCGGGCGUUGUUGAUGAGUUCGGCACUCAAUCUGCUGAGGAUGAAGAGCCCGUCAAUGCAAAGUACUCGACUCAAGGCCUCGAGCAUCGUUUCAGCAUGCGCGCUGGCAACUAG